CAGGCAGGGGGCAGAAUAUUAAAAUAUUUUUUAGGUAGACCACAUAACCCUUACAAGUAGAGUGUAGAGGUGUAUUUACUGUCACUACCUGAUGUUGUGUUUUCAGGGGAUGGAAGCCCUGCAAGCCUCAGGGAAGGUGAAGAGUAUCGGUGUGUCCAACUUCAGCAUCCUGCAGCUGGAGAGACUUCUGGCUCUGUGCAGGGUGCCCCCUGCUGUUAAUCAGAUCGAGCUGCAUCCCUACCUGGUGCAGACAGACAUGAUAGAGUUCUGUAGAUCCAAGAACAUCGCCCUGACUGCCUACAGUCCCUUUGGCUCGCCUGCCAGACCCCCAGAGCUAUUCAGAGGAGACACUGAUCCAUAUAAGCUCCUAGAGGACCCAGUCGUAGCAGAUAUAGCCAAGAAGCACAGACGCAGCCCUGCACAGGUCUUGCUGAGGUACCAUGUGCAGCAGGGUAUUUCAGUCAUCCCUAAGAGUGACAAGCCUCAUCACAUCCUUGAGAACACAAAGAUCUUUGACUUCAGUCUGACUGACGAAGACAUGAGAGCACUAAGAGGACUGGACCGAGGGUGGCGGGCCUGCGCACUUGAAGGAGUCAAGUCUCAUCCGUACUACCCGUUUGUAUGAAGAUGCCACGAGAGAGAAGAAACAGCACUCUCUGAUGAACCUCGGCAAGACUGUGACCGGCUACAUGCAGUCUACCUACAGUAUAACAUGCUGUAAUUAAUCAGUGCUGUGUUAACAUGAUAAUAAUGAUAGAACGUGAAUGUGAACACAAAUCUCAAGAAAAUUCAGUUUCCAAAUGUUAUGAAUGUGAGCAACAAAUAUUAUGCACUGAAAGUUAAUCUGAGGUUAAGACUCGUAUAUGCAGUAACAAAUAAUUCUUAAAUUACAACAUACUCAGCACAUUAUAAUCUUAUUACAUGCUCUGUGUAUGUGUGUGUUAUGGUAGGCAAUGCUGGAUGCAUCUUGAAACUGUUUUUCUGUGAGAAUAUUAGCUUUCAAAAAGUACAGAAAAGCCUUUUCAGUCUGUAGAUUGGUUUAAGUAUUUUCUUUAAUUGUAAAAUAAAGAAAUCGUUUAAAUUAA